AUGGCGGCGGCCGGGACGGCGGCGACGGCGGCGCGCUGCCCGGGCGCCCGGGCGGGGACGGCGGCGCGAGUCCGGCGCCCGGCCCCGGCGCGGCCGGCGCGGCUGCCCUCGGUGCUCGUGCUGCUGGCGGCGGCGGCGGCGGGGCCGGGCGCGGGCGGCGCGGCGCGCCUGUACCGCGCGGGCGAGGACGCCGUGUGGGUGCUGGACAGCGGCAGCGUGCGCGGGGCCACGGCCAACAGCUCGGCCGCGUGGCUCGUGCAGUUCUACUCCUCGUGGUGCGGCCACUGCAUCGGCUACGCGCCCACCUGGCGCGCCCUGGCCGGGGACGUGCGAGACUGGGCCGCUGCCAUCCGCGUCGCCGCCCUGGACUGUGCGGAAGAGAAGAACCACGAGGUGUGCCGCGCCUACGACAUCCACUUCUACCCCACCUUCCGGUAUUUUAAAGCAUUUACAAAGGACUUCACAACUGGAGAAAAUUUUAAAGGGCCGGACAGAGAGCUGCAGACAGUGAGACACACGAUGAUCGACUUCCUGCAGAACCACACAGACAGAAACAGGCCUCCUGCGUGCCCGUCUUUGGACCCCAUUCGGCCCAGUGACGUUCGUUCUCUCAUUAACAACCGCAGUGGCCGGUACGUGGCUGUCUUAUUUGAAAGCAACAGCUCCUACGUUGGACGUGAGGUGAUUUUAGACCUGAUGCCGUAUGAGAACAUCGAGGUGAAGAGAGCGCUGAGUUGGGAUAAAGCCUUUCUGCAGAAGCUCAGUGUUUCUUCUGUGCCCUCGUGUUACUUGAUCUACCCAAACGGGUCCCAUGGAUUAGUUACCAUCGGGAAGCCUCUCCGGUCGUUUUUUUCCUCUUAUUUGAAGUCGUUGCCAGAUGUGAGGAAGAAAUCGCUUUCAUUGCCUGAAAAACCAAGCAAAGAAGAAAGCUCGGAAGCCGUGGUUUGGAGGGAAUUUGACAGGUCAAGGCUGUACACUGCGGACCUGGAGUCCGGCCUGCACCAUCUGCUGAGGGUGGAGCUGGCCGCCCACAGGUCCCUGGCCGGGGCUGAGCUGAAGGCACUCAAGGACUUUGUCACCAUCCUGGCCAAGCUGUUCCCCGGGCGGCUGCCGGUCAGGAAGCUGCUGGAGACGCUGCAGGAGUGGCUGGCCAGCCUGCCCCUGGACAGGAUCCCCUACGACGCCGUCCUCGACCUGGUCAACAACAAGAUGCGGAUUUCUGGAAUAUUCCUCACUAAUCACAUAAAGUGGGUGGGAUGUCAAGGAAGCCGACCAGAGCUGCGGGGCUACACGUGUUCCCUGUGGAAGCUGUUCCACACUUUGACUGUGCAAGCUGGGGCCCGCCCGCGCGCGCUGGAUGGCACAGGUUUUGAAGAUGACCCCCAGGCAGUGCUGCAGACCAUCAGGAGGUAUGUUCAUGUCUUCUUUGGGUGUAAGGAAUGUGGUGAGCAUUUUGAGGAGAUGGCUAAAGAAUCGAUGGAUUCUGUGAAAACCCUGGACCAAGCAAUCCUCUGGCUUUGGAAGAAGCAUAACCUAGUCAACGGCCGCUUGGCAGGCCAUCUGAGUGAGGACCCCAAGUUCCCAAAGGUUCCGUGGCCCACUCCGGACCUCUGCCCGGCUUGCCACGAGGAGAUCAAGGGCCUGACCAGCUGGAACGAAGGCGAGGUGCUCCUGUUCUUGAAGCGGCACUACAGCAGUGACAACCUCGUGGACACGUACUCCGCAGACCUGGCAGACGCCGCUGGCGGCGCCCCGGCCGCGGGCGAGGAGCAGAAGGGGGGCCGUGCCUCCCCAGGGCAGCCCCCUGCAGGCCAAGGUGCCGAGAGUCUCCGUCCCCCCAGCGUGCCGCCCCCCAGGCCUCACCUGUCGGAGAGGUCACACCAGGGGCUGGAUGUGAAGCUCGAGAGUCUGAGCGGGGCCGAGGGCCGCCGAGGGGCAGGGGCAGCUGCGGCCUUCCUGGGGAUGGGCUUCUCCAGCCUGGACAUGAGCCUCUGCGUGCUGCUCUACGUGGCCUCGUCUUUGUUCCUCAUGGUGAUGUACUUCUUCUUCCGGGUGCGGUCCAAGCGGUGGAAAGUAAAGCACCACCACCCGUCUGUGUAGGACUCAGUGGGACCACGGAGCUGCCUUCAGAAAAGCCCGCAGCUUUCAUCUUCAGGGAUUCUGUCAACCGUCUCACCUGGUGUCCCCUCGAGGGCACCUUCUGCCCUGCCCCCCUUUCCAGACGCUCUCCCUGCGGGGAAAGAACUGUUUGCAUCCCCGGCACCCUCCGUGGGCGCCUUUCACAGGUCCUAGAGCAGAAGGACUUCCCUGUCCUUACUCUUUAGGUCUUAACACCGAAGCGGGGAGUCCAGGCCCCAGGAACAGAACUCUUCGCACCCAACUUCGCCUUGAGUUCCUAGGCUGCGGGGCCUCGCUCUGGGAUUUGGAGGAAACCCGUGCCCUUGGCUUCCCCGCUGGGGCCCUCCCAACGCCUCCCCUUCCCGCUGCUCCUUGAAGCCCGUGGUUCUGUGAUUCACUCGUGUUUGUGCUUUUCAGCUGCUUGAAGCAGGAGAGGCAGCUCGGGACCGGGGAGGGAAGCCCCCUUAGUCGUCCCGGGCUCCGCAGACGUGGAGAUGGGAGUGUGGAGGGCAAGGAGGGCCAGGGGAUUUGUGGGGCAGGGUGGUGCCCUUCUAGUCCUGAGAGGCAUUGUCUGAGUUUGUUGAUCUGGUGACAGGAGGCUGGAAGCGAAUCCCUCUCUGUGUCCACCAGGCAGACCUGGAGCGCUGAGCUCCGCCUCAGGGGGGUGGGGGGGGGGGGCUGCUCCUCGGGACCUCUGGAGGGGCCCUCGGUCCUGUGCGUCAUCCUCCAGCAGCUGCACAUCCCCGCAAGGACCCCGGGCUCAGUGAGAGGGCGCCGGUGGCCCCUGGCCGGGGGGGGGGGGGGGGGGGGGGGGGGAGGCGGGAUGCACAGUGGUCUCAGCCAGACUUUAUUUUUCUGAGCUGUUUUACCAAGGGUCCUGGUGCAGGGCCCUGGUCCCCCAGGUUUUAAUGGUUAAUUUUCUAACAGUGAAUGAUUUUAACACAUUAUUUGUAAAACCCCAAACAUUUAGAAUUAAAUUUGCCUCUGAAAAUGUAAACAAAGAAACAGAACAGACCAUGGCGGGGACGUUUCCUUUGAGAACCUUUGUGGCUGUUGGUUUGCCUCCCAAGUGCAGAUGUAUCCACGUGUACGUGUGCGUGUGUGCGUGUGCGUGCGUGUGUGUGCAUGUGUGUGACUGUGACCGUUGUAACAGUGUUCCCCACGCCGCCUGUUCCACACUCCUGUUAGUGUGUUUACUGGGCACCAUUGGCCAGGUGACCGUGUAACGCUGGCGUGACUGCUGCAGCUUGGGGAACACAGGCGGCUGGUUCCUUGAACAACUGCCAUUAGCCCCGUGGUCACCGUCCUCGUGGGAGGCGUGGGCUGGAGGCCUCCGGGCAGGGAACUCGCUCCUGAGCCGCCACUCCACUUCUCUGCCAUUUCUUCCUGUUUGACACUUGUUUAAACCCUCGAAGCCUUUGUGUUUUAAAAGCCCGGAGCUUGUCUCCAUGGCUAAGUUGUGUGCCUGGGUUCCUGAAGACACCUAUUGUUUUUUUUCAACUUGAACACUGGGCAGAUGUACACCGAACCCAAGGGAGAUGUUUAACCGCUCGUGAAACUGCCUUUUGGUUUAUGUUAAAUGUCUUUUCUCCCCUCAAGUGAGCUUCUUUUGACAGCGGGAACAAGGAUGGUGUCACAAGGGUAUCGUCUGGUAGACUUCACAGAACCUAGUUGAAGGGCGAUGUUGGCUUUCAAGGUUCGUAAAAAUGCUGCAGUUUGAGGGGCAGUAGGUCAGGGAGAGGGCGUGCCAGGGUGGCCCACGGGCACUGUGUCCCGUUGCUGCUCAGAACUGUACGCUCCCUUUAGGCAAGGGUUCAGUGCUGUUUCCUAAAGUUGUAAGUUUUGAGACUAGUGAAUAUAAUAGUUGAGUAAUUUAAAUGUGUAUUUAUUUUUAAUGGAAGGAUUUUGAUUAAAAAAGAUGCUAAUUGACAUGGAAAUGUCAGUGAAAUUUCUUACCUGCAAGGAAAAUGAACAUUUUGUAUUUAAGUAAACUAUAAUGUGCACAUUUUAAAAAUAAAGAAAU